GUUAGCCACAGUUUGGCUUACAAUGGCUCUUUCAGUGUUGGGUUUCUUUGUGUUUUUGCUGCUACUUGUUGGUGGCACUAUUGCAAGCAACAACGACGACAGUGCUUUUGAUAAAAAUUAUGAAAUCACAUGGGGAAAUGAUCAUGUUUUGUCUCUUAAUCAGGGGAGAGAAAUCCAGCUUUCGUUGGAUAGCAGUUCGGGAUCUGGAUUUGGAUCGUACCUAAAGUACAGUUCUGGGUUCUUUCAUAUGAGGAUGAAGAUACCAGGGAACAAUAGUACUGCAGGAGUUAUUACAACUUUUUAUCUGACUUCAAAGACUAGUCGACAUGAUGAGCUGGACUUUGAGUUCUUGGGUAAUGCAGAAGGUGAAGCAAUCACACUGCAGACAAAUGUGUUUGUAAAUGGUGUAGGCGGCAGAGAGCAAAGGAUUCACCUAUGGUUUGACCCAACAUCACAGUUUCAUGAUUAUAAACUUCUUUGGAACCCUCAUCAAAUUGUAUUCUUUAUCGACGACACUCCAAUUAGGGUUUUCAAGAACUACACGAAUUUGGGAGUUCCCUACCCAACACAGCCAAUGAGAAUUGAAGCAACCUUGUGGAAUGGAGAUUGGGCAUCUCCACAAAAGAUAAAUUGGACCUAUGCACCUUUUAGAGCUCACUACCAAGGAUUUGACAUAAGUGGGUGCUCAACACAGAGCUCCAACGUUGAAGAAUGUUAUAAAUCGAAUUAUUGGUGGAACAAUAUGAAUUAUUGGGAACUGAACCCUACCCAAAAACAAGCAUAUGAGAAUGUGAGGAAGAACUAUAUAAACUAUGACUAUUGUAAUGAUAAGCCUCGAUUCCCAUUUGGGCUUCCCAAAGAGUGCAAUAUUCAGAAAAAUUAUAAACUAUAA